AUGGAUUAUUUCGUACGAAAAAAACGGAAACAGAACCCAAGAGAAACUGCGAAUAUCUUUUCCUUGUUUACAUUUGCAUACACAGGCAGCAUAUUCAAGAAGGCGUUUCGCAAGGAUUUAGACGAAGACGAUUUGUACGAAGUCACCGGCAAUUUCGAGUCCAGCAAAUUGGGCGACGAUUUAGAAAGACGAUGGGAUCGCGAACAAUCCCAAAAAAAACCCAAAUCGAUAUACAGGAUCCUCUUCAACAUGUUCUUCGUGAGGUACAUUUUCUUAGGCAUCGCCGAAAUGUCUUACAAAUUAACCAGAAGCGCUUUAGAGCCCAGAGCGUUCGAAAAUUUAGUAUCGUUCUUCGGCGAAGGGCAAACCAAACUAACAAAAAACGACGCUUUAUACAACGCUGGUAUAAUAGUCCUGUUCAACUUUACCGGAACGCUGUUCUACAACAACCUGUACAUCAGCAUGAUAUCCAUCGGCAUCGAGGUGAGGACCUGUUUCUCGGCGUUCCUCUACAGGAAGCUGUUCAAACUAUCUCCCGCCGCUUUGGCGGACAUUUCCUUCGGGAAUAUCGUCACUUUGAUCACCAAAGAUGUCCAGGCGUUCGAGAACGGGGUGUACUUUUUGAACGAUUUCUGGAUCGGCUCCGUUCACACUGCAUUCGUGUGUUACUUGUUGUAUUCGAGAAUUGGCGCUACCACUUUCGCUGGGAUAUUCGUGUUUCUCGGGGUCAUUCCGUUGCAAAUGUACCUCGGGAAAAUUUUGAAGAAACUCAGGUUGAAAACGUGCGUGAAAACCGACGAGCGCUUGGACCAAACCCAAGAAGCCCUGUCGAUGAUCAGGAUAAUAAAAAUGUACACGUGGGAGGAAUAUUUCAUGAGGAAAAUCGAUUCGACUAGGAAAUUGGAAGUCAAUCGAAUGCUAGCCGGAAUCUAUGUAAAGUUGUUGGUGUUCACUUUGAGCAUUUUAGUGUCGAAUCUGGGCUUCUACAUACUCGUCAUGGCGUACAUUUGGAUGGACCAACCGGCGGAUUCCGCCAUCAUUUUCUACCUAAUGUCGAAUUACGGAGACAUAAAACUUUUCUUCGGAUACGUUUUACCCUACGGAAUUACAACCGGCGCUGAAUUUAUGUCGGCCACUCUCAGAUUAAACAAAGUCCUAAAAGCCGAAGAACUACCUGCAAUAGAAGCUCAAAACAUCAACAACGACAAACCCAAAAUAGAGCUCGACGAUGUCACCAUCAACAUAGGCAAACAGGAAAUUUUAAAGCAGAUCAAUUUGAAACUUCAAUCCGGCUUAACGGCCAUUACUGGACCAGUGGGAGCAGGAAAAUCCGCUCUAUUGAAAACCAUACUGCACGAUUUCCCCAUCACCAAAGGCAAAGUGUCGAUAGCAGGAAGCCUUUCCUACGCCUCACAAACCCCUUGGUUGUUUGCUUCAACCAUUAAGCAAAAUAUUUUGUUCGGGCAAGAAUACGACCAAAAAAGGUAUCAAGAAGUGAUAAGAGUCUGCGCUUUGGAAUACGACUUGAGCCUCUUCGACAAAGGCGACGAGACGAUUCUAUCGGACAACGGCCUCAAUUUGAGCAAAGGCCAACAAGCCAGAGUCAACCUAGCUCGAGCCGUUUACAGAACCAGCGACAUAUACCUAAUAGACGACUCCCUGACAUCCCUGGACGGCCACGUGGCGGAUUUCAUCUACGAAGAGUGCGUCAGGAAAUUUCUGAAAGGGAAAUUCUGCGUGCUGGUCACGCAGACCAAGCGCCACCUGCAGGAGGCCGACUACGUGGUGGUGGUGAAGAACGGAAGGGUUGACGGGGUAAUCGAACCGCGCGAUUCCACGAACGAGUCGGUGUUGCGGAAGAAACUCGAAGAGGUGGAGAAGACGCUCGAGGAAGAUGCCGGGAUAGAAGAGGCAGACGACGAAACUCGAGGAUUGUUGGAGACCGAACAAAACGCGGAGAAGAAGCAGAUCUUCAAAGACAAGCUCAAAACCGGGAGCGUUUCGAUAUCGAAUUACAAAAAAUACAUGUCCUUCGGCGGCGGGGUUUGGAUCAUGUUGCUCUUCUGCUUCGUUAGCGGUAUUUACCAAUUUACUUCCAGCUAUACGGAGAAGCUUCUAAGUACUUGGGUCGACGAGCAGCAAAAAUUUUUGAACAUCAAAAGCAAGAUAAGAGCGCACGAAGCUAACAAAACGUUUUACGAUUUGUUCGAAAACGCCUCGACGAUUCUGGCGAAUCUCACCGAGCAAUUGAGCGUCGCUGAUGAGGCUCAAAAGCGCACGUUCUCUUGGUACAACGGGAUGUUGGGCUCUUCCACCUGCUUGCAGGUCUUCACCACGUUCGUCAUGUUCGAUUUCUGUCGAAGGGCCUCCGUUCGCAUUCACUUUCAUCUGAUGAAGAACAUUUUCGCGGCCGAGAUGGCGUUCUUCGAUUCGCAUUACAUCGGAGUGAUACUGAACAGGCUGUCGCAGGAUUUGGUUAACAUGGACGAGAAUUUGAGCGAAAUUCUGAAUUACACGUUCGAGGCUAUCUACUACAUAUUCGGCUCGGUGAUUCUGCUGGUGUCGGUGAAUUACUAUUUCAUAAUAUACAUUGGAAUCGUUUCGGUAUUGUUAUCAGGAUUGGGAAGGAUUUAUCUACCGUUCGGACGUAGCAUGAAAAGAUUGGAAGUUGCCACCAGAAGUCCGAUUAUAAACCACUUAAAAUCGACGUUUCAAGGAUUAACAACAAUCAGGGCAUGCAAAGCUGAUGCCAUUUUAAAGAAAGAAUACGAUAAAUACUACGAUGUUUACACAUCCAGUCAUUUCACUUUGAUCGUUUGCCAGACAGCUUAUGGUUUCUUCGCUAAUGUGUUAUCCAAUAUUCUCGUUACCUGCGUUUUAUGCACCUUCAUUUUUCUAGAUACAGAUACAAGCGCUGGAAACGUAGGCUUGGCUCUGUCUCAAAUAUUCAGCAUCGGGAACAUCGUGAAUUGGGUGGUGAGGCAAUACACCGAUUUGGAGAGCAUGAUGACAUCGGUAGAAAGAGUGUUCGAAUACACCGACAUAAAAACCGAAAACGAAAACGGCGUGGUGUUGUACAAAUGGCCCGAGCACGGAAUCAUCCGAUACAAAAACGUCAAACUCGCAUACAACGAAACCGACGUGGUUUUAAACAAUCUCAACUUCGACGUUCAAUCGAAGCAGAAAAUCGGCAUCGUCGGGCGAACGGGAGCCGGAAAAUCCUCCAUCAUUUCCACCAUAUUCCGACUCUACGACAUCGAAGGGACCAUCUCCAUCGACGGCGUGGACACGAAAACCGCCUCGUUGCAUCACCUGCGAAGAAACCUGGCCAUCAUUCCGCAGGAUCCGGUGCUGUUCACGGGCACGAUUCGCUCGAAUCUCGAUCCGUUCGGUUUGUUCAGCGAAUCCGACUUGUGGCGGGCCCUGGAGAGGGCCAACAUCAAGGAAUCCAUAGCGAGUUUGGACGAGGCGGUGGGCGAUCGAACGGCGAAUUUCAGUCUGGGCCAGAGGCAGAUGAUUUGCGUGGCCAGGGCGAUUUUGAGCCGGGCCAAAAUCAUCGUUUUAGACGAGGCCACCGCCAAUAUGGAUCGCGAAUCGGAGGCCGUCGUCGACGAUAUUAUUAAGGAGGUGUUCGCGGAUUGCACGGUGCUGACUAUAGCGCAUCGAUUGCGGACCGUUUUAGAUUGCGAUAAAGUGAUGGUUUUGGAUCGGGGAGGUAUCAGGGAGUUCGACGAGCCGGCCACGUUGCUUCGCGAUGAGAACAGCUAUUUUUAUAAAAUGGUGAAGAAGGACGAU